UCACUUUGAUUUGGAUGAAAUUCCAAUAACAACACAGGACCUGGGCCAAGUGGGCCACCCAAUCCAAUGAUGAGACCUCCCUUUGGUAUGCCACCAGGAUUUAUACCACCACCUAUGGGGGGACCAGAGAUGAAUCCCCCUCCCAUGAUACCACCAGGGAUGCCACCUGGAGGUUUCCCACCAGCAGGUUCCAUUCCACCACCAAGAUUUCCUCCCAAUAUGCCUCCAAUGACUGGAAAUAUGCCUCCCAUGUUUCCACCAGGACCAAACCCGCAGAUUUCCAAUUUGACACAGUCAGGUUCUGCUUCUAAUUCUCCUAUCCUAACAGAUGGCAAAUCAGACAAGAAGCCGUUAUGGACAGAACACAAGGCACCUGAUGGCAGGACUUACUACUACAAUAACAUGACCAAACAGUCCAGCUGGGAGAAGCCUGAUGACAUGAAAUCCAAGGCCGAGUUACAACUGUCCCAGUGUCCGUGGAAGGAGUAUAAGUCAGAUACAGGGAAAGUGUAUUACCACAAUGCCCUCACUAAAGAAUCCAAGUGGACAAAGCCCAAGGAUUUAGAGGAACUAGAAGAAAUUGUUAAAGGUGAAGCAAAAAAGAAGACUGACGCCCCAAGAACAGCAACACCACCUGUGUCAGCUGCUCCACCAGCAGGGAUAACUCUACCAGCCCAGCCCUCCAAACCUUCGUCAGCCAUCCAAGCAGCAAUGGAGGCAACUUUAGCUUCUAUAGAACUCCCACCACCCUCAGGGACAGCUGUAGUAGCACCGCCACAAGAGAAAUCAGACAAAGUUGAUAGUGCUGAUGAAAGCGAGGAAGAAAAACCUGCUAAAAAAGAAGUGGUUCCCUUGGUGUUUAAGAGUAGGAAGGAAGCCAUGGAAGCAUUCAAGGCUCUGCUAAGAGAAAAGUCUGUGUCCUCCACUGCCUCGUGGGAGCAAGCCAUGAAGGUCAUCGUCAAUGACCCACGCUAUGGGGCCCUCAAGCAGCUCAACGAACGAAAGCAGGCCUUCAAUGAAUACAAAACACAGCGAGUGAAGGAAGAAAAGGAGGAACAACGAUUACGAGCUAAACAAGCCAAAGAGGACCUGGAACAAUUUUUAUUACAUAGUGACAAGAUGAAUUCAAGCAUUAAAUAUUGGAAGGCUGAUGACAUGUUUGGUGGUGAAGAGGUCUGGAAGGUGGUACAUGAUCGUGAUCGCCGGGAGCUGUUUGAUGAUGUAACUCACAUGUUGGCUAAGAAAGAAAAGGAAGAAUCCAAGACAUUACGUAAGCGGAACACCAAGGUGUUUGCAGAGAUCCUGGACAGCAUGCCAAGUCUGACAAACUGUACCACCUGGUCGGAGGCCCAGCAGAUGUUACUGGACAACCCACGCUUUACUGAUGACCCUGACCUACACAAUAUGGACAAAGAAGAUGCUUUGGUUUGUUUUGAGGACCACAUCCGUAUGUUGGAACAGGAAUUUGAUGAUGAGAAGGAGAGAGAAAGACGACGAGUUAAACGUCAACAACGGAAAAAUAGAGAGGGAUUUCUGGUGUUAUUAGAUGAACUCCAUGAACAAGCAAAGCUUAACUCUAUGUCUCUCUGGAUGGAUCUGUACCCUGUUAUUAGCCAGGAUGUUCGAUUUACCAACAUGCUUGGACAGCCAGGAUCAACACCACUAGAUCUAUUCAAAUUCUAUGUUGAAGAUCUCAAAGCUAGGUUUCAUGAUGAGAAGAAGGUUGUCAAGGAAAUUCUGCGAGACAGAGGCUUUUUGGUGGAGGUAUCAACAACAUACGAGGAAUUUGCUUCUGCUAUUGUCUUGGAUAAGCGAUCUGCUGGACUGGACACAGGAAACAUCAAAUUAACUUAUAACAGUUUGAUAGAGAAAGCUGAAGCCAGGGAGAGGGAGAGGUUGAAGGAGGAGGCCAGAAAGUUACGAAAGCUGGAGGGAAAUUUCAAGACCAUGUUGAAGAAUUUGAACCCACCAAUUGAAGUUGAACACCGCUGGGAGGAGGUACGGUCACGUAUCGAGAAGGAAGCAGCAUAUGAGGCCAUUACUCUGGAGGCAGAAAGGAUCCGAUUGUAUAAAGAAUUUAUCAUUGUUCUAGAGGAAACAUGUUAUCAUCAACACUCAAAAAAGAAAAAAUCUAAAAAACACAAAAACAAACGGUCGCGUUCAAGAUCCAAAUCUCCAAUCAGUGAAUCAGAUGAAGAACAGCAGACCUCACGACACAAAUCAAAGAAGAAGAAAAAGUCACGAUCAGAAUCCAGGUCAAGGUCGCCUAGCUAUAUAUCAGAUUCAGAUCAUGAUCGUGAUGAACGUGAAAAGAGAAGGCACAAAAAGAAAUCAAAGAAAAAGAAACACAUGUCUCGAUCAGACUCGAGUGGCAGUGAAGCAGAUCGGGAAGAUUACAAAUCCUCUAAAUCAAAGAAACGGCGGAAAGAUAAGUCUAGGGGGGACUAUGACACAGAGAGUGAUGUCAGUGAGGGAGAACUAGAGAAGCGUCGCAGACUCCUUCUCCAACAACUUGCUGCUGACCAGUAAACCCACAGCCAGUGACACCAUGUAGACAGAAUGAUUGUUGUUGGUUGACCCAAUAUACUUGACAGCAGAACCCAAAGUCAAGACUUUGUUGUGUUUUUUACCAUGGAUAAAGAGGAAUUUAAGUGAAGCACUUUCUGUGGUAUUCAUUCAUGAUGUUACAAAACGGGAAAGGAAAUAUACCAAAAAAUUAAAGAUAUUUGGGCCCAUCAGUCAUGUUGUUUACAGUCAGAUGAUAAGAUGUUGAUUUGUGGAAUCAGUGUAUAUAUUGAUCGCCAUAAUAAAACUGGAGUGAGAAAAUGACUGGACUUGACCAGACUCUAAAGUCCAGUGAAAACAAAGACAGUAAACAAAAAAUGAUAGACUGAAUAUUUAAUUUGUUUGAACCUCAGUGAUCUGGCCUAAAAUUCAGCUCAUUUUGACAUAAAACGAAGAUGAUGAAUUUAGCUUGGCCUGUAAUUUACAUUUAUAUAUUAUUGUCCUAAACAUAUUUAGACAGGUACAAACAUUGUGUGUUGAAUUUUAAAUAAUAAAAACAAGUUUGUCGUCAAUGUCCAUGUACAAAGUAUUAAGAUUGACAAGGAUGUCAAAUAGAUAUCAUUUCUUCUGGUGUGACCAACUCUGAAGUGAGGACUGGCAGAAAAUAAAGUGCUGUUUGUGUGCCCUAUAUAUCAGUGUACUGUGUAUAGGACUAGAGUAAAGAUAAAGUAUUUGUUCACUGAACCAGGAAAGAGUUUGAGGUGUUUGAAUUGAUAACUAUAGAUACAUUAAUUCAUCUCUACAGAAAUCAUCUGAUACUCAAACUGACUGUUUGUUAAACAUUCUGGAAAUUGGAUAGUCUUGUUGACAGUCGUUGGAAUUAUAUCAAUAGUACUGACAAACUACAGCAUGCUGUGUAAGUUUUUGUGCCAUGUGUCCUGAAAUCAUUGUGUCUAUCUUGGGGUUAUACACAGAACAGAGGUCUUCAAAGUGAUCUGUUGUUGACGCUGUACACCUUUAUAUUGAAUUCUGACAUUACAAUAUGAAUAGAUUCUUAUUGGACAUGAUUUACGACAAAUGGCUAGUUUGUCUCGCACAUGUCGUGGCAGUAUUACUAUGUGCAGUAUUAGCCAUCAUGUAAAGCAUUCCAUUAUUUUUUACAAUGCCAUCUUGUUUACAAUGAUUUUGAUCAUUUGUGACCAUGAAGUAACAUAUUUCAUUAAAAUCAUCUGAACAGUA